AUGCGACAUAACCAGGCCCUGCGUCUGACAGGCUGCAUAGCAGCUGCAGCCGUUCUGGCUAUGCUCUAUACUUUCGGUGUGCCUCAACUGGCCCGCUUUCGUUUCCGGUCGGACUUACCGCCGUAUGACUGGGGCGUUUAUGGCGCUGCGCCGUCCCGAAGCUACCUGUCCUGCAACUUGACCACUCCAAGACUAGAAAUCUUGCAAUGGGAUUCUCGAUGUGACUCGGGUUUCACCUUCUUAGCCCCACGAGGCUUUUCCGUUGCGAAACCUAGUCUUUUGAUUCUUGACGCGCAGGGGGAGCCGGUAUGGGUGGACUAUAGUUGGGGUGAGGUGCAAGAUUUCAAAGUCCAGCAAUUUAAAGGGAAAGAUUACCUGACCUUCUGGGCGGGUGUGGAAAUUGAUAUUCAUGGUCAAGGAUCCUGGUAUAUGCUCAAUACUUCCUAUCAAAUACAGUACAGAAUUUCACCUAUGGGAAAAAUCCUCUCGGGCGAUCUCCACGAAUUUCAGAUAACCGACAACGACACGGCUCUUGUCACAAUAUACGAUUCUAUACCUUUCGACUUGUCGGCUGUAGGCGGUCCGUCAUCAGGCUGGAUAUAUGACGGUUUAUUCCAAGAGAUCGAUAUUAUGACGGGUGAGCUACUAUUUGAAUGGCGGGCAUCGGAGCACUACCCCAUCAAUAGCACCUUUUGGCCUAUGGUCGGCGGGGAUAUAUCUAAACCAUUUGAUGCAUUCCACAUCAACAGUGUCGAUAAAGACGCCCAAGGGAAUUAUUUGGUCUCAAUGCGACAUACGUAUACCGUCAGCAAUAUUGAUGGAAAGACCGGUGCUGUCCUGUGGACAUUAGGCGGUCGUCUGAACGACUUCACCGACGUGGCGGACAGCGGUGCCACAGACUUCUCCUGGCAGCACGAUGCACGCUGGUGGGGGAACAAUACAAUCACUCUGUUGAAUAAUGCAGCACGCGAAUACGAUAGUCCUGGACCAUACAGCUAUGGCAUGUCCAUCCAGCUCGAUGUCGAAGCUCGCCAUGCCACCCUGCAAACUAUAUUUUCAGACUCCCAAAAGGUCCUGGCAACUUCUCAAGGAAACUUACAGGUACUGGAAAAUGGCAAUAUAUUCGUCGGUUGGGGCCACAGUGCAGCCUUUACUGAGUUUACUCCCGAGGGUGAAAUCCUAUGUGAUGUCCAUUUUGGAGCCUCGGCAUACUACAGCUUUGGGCGUAUUGUCUCUUACCGUAUCCUCAAGGGAACAUGGAGCGGGUUGCCUUUGACUGAACCAAAGGCAAAAAUAAUUGGCGAUGGAGUCUAUGUCAGCUGGAAUGGUGCAACGGAGGUAUGGGAAUGGCAACUAAAGGUCUCUGACCAGUCCCAGAGUGAGAACCCCACAUUCAGCACGUUGGGAAAGGCUCGAAAAAUAGGAUUUGAAACCAGGAUAAGUGCACCGAACAUCAAUCAGUACAGGGAAUUUCGGGUCGCUGCUUUGGAUGCUCAUGGGAUGGUGCUGGGUGAAACGGAAACAAUUAAGACCGAGGCCAUACCAAUAGGAAACAUUUCAAAUUUUCAGAUCUUGCUUACAGCCACUCUAAUCUCUAGUGCCUGCUUGGCCUUUUGGGGUUUCUGGAAACGAUAUGGAUCUUACCGGACAUGGCUGUGGAAAUACAAGACAUACCACAUAGUUCAUUAG